UCACGCGGGAACAAGGCUGUGGAAGCGCCUCGAGUUUCCGUUGCUUUAAGUUUCGAUGUAAGCCAUGGCGAAAUUCAGAUUUCCAGGCAAGGCUCUUAAGUUAAACACAAGAAAGCGCGUUCGGUUUCGAGGUGGCCAUGCAGCUAACACGCCAGAGGAGCUUUACACAAGGAGAAUCCGCAGAGGCCUGGACCUUUUCACGCAAAUAUUCGGGGAUUCCGACGAGGAUGAUGAUGAAUUUGAGGGUUUCACGUCCAUAUUCCCGGAGCCGAGGGACAUCAAGGGGAAGAAGAAGAAGAGUGUGGGAUCACCUAGAAAAAAGUCGGGUAGGCGUUCACCAGCAGAGAGAGCAGAGGAAGCCUGCGUAACCUUGGAAGAAGCAGGUUUGGUGACCCGUAGAAAAAUUAGCACAGUAGAAAUGGCUAUCAAAGAGGUACAGGAGACAUCAGAUAUUGGUGAAAAUGUGCCAGUGUUUACAAGAAGAAGAGGUGGGGGUGGUGGGGACACAGCACCUAGCAAGGAAGUGCGUGAGGGACCGAGUGGGGGUAAGGAGGUGAUGGCAAGUACCCGAAGAAGAACAAGUAAUGUGGAACUGCCUGCAAAGGAGGUGUCAGAGAACCUUGAGAGUAGUACAGACUUGCCAGUGGUAACAAGAAGAAGAGUGAGUGGGUUGGAGACUCCUAUGAGAGAUGUAGUGAAAGAGGGAGGGGCAGAGAACAGCAAAGAUCCUCCAAUGGUGACCAGGAGAAGGGGUCAUUCUCUUGAAGGUGUUGUGAAGGAAGUUCAGGAAGGGGCUGACAGUAUACCUGGGGGAGGGGAAAGAACGAGUGAGAAAAGAGACUUGCCUCCUCAGCCUGCGAGCAAGGAGAAUGUAGAGAUUGUGGUUCCUUCAGAACAGCCUGUGCAAGAAAGUGCGGCAUUACAGGAAAUGAAGAUGGCAGUCAUAUCCUCAAGACCAGUGGCAAGAAAACAGACGGCACGGAGAGUUAGCAGAACAUCGUCAACAGUGAAAACCGCUCUGGCAAAGAAAUUGCUAGCAAGAGCCAAGGCUAAAAGAACAGUCAACUCUCUGCCUGUGGUUGGUGAAAAGAGUCCAAAACGGUUUGUCCUUCCGUCUAUGAGUGUACGAUCUUCAAGGAUAAUUAAACCAAAUAAGAGACUAUUUGCUGACAUAACAGAAAUGUGUACAGCAAGCAGUUCUCUUGAGUCUUCAUUGGGUGGAGAAAUGGCUGAACAUGCAAGUAUGCCCAGCAAGAGGUUGGUAAAGCUCACUCGCAAAGGAAGGGGUGCACACACACAGUUCCUCUCUCUACCCCGAUCAAGGGCUCAGAGUACUGACUCCCUGUCAAGUACAGAGGGUGGUGUAGGACGUGACCGCAUGCGCAGAACAAUCUCCCUCUACACAGAAUCCAUAACUGGGCCCAGCAAAGCUCAGGUAGGAAGGCCUCCCAAACGCCUGCUGCGCCGCAUGGAUCCUCCACAGCAAGAGGUGGAGGCUGAACUUCCAGACUCCCCCCAGAGAUGCGACCCCAAGGAGUCAAGGGUCAUGGAGAAAAUUGGAAAGUUACUGCGGUCACCGUGGGAUGAUAGACUGAAGCAGUCUAGCAAGGUUGGAAGAGGCGAGGAAGAGGGUAUGCCAGCUUCAGCCUUCGGUGCCUCAUCCCCAAUGUCAGCUUCAGCCAUCUCACGGAACAUUUUAAGGAAAGCAAGACUGAACCUUAACAAGACUACAUUGCAAAAGAUUAGGAAUCCAGUGUCAUUGCAGAGACUCAUACCAGCAUCAGAUGAAGGUGUGGAAGGAAAGUGCGCAGUCUGUGAUAGUGAAGAAGGUGGGAAUUCUCGCAAGUUUGGAGUGAUAGUGUGUGAGAAGUGCAACUCCUUCAUCAGCAACUCCAGUGAUGGAUCCAGAGAAGUAUACGAGUGUAAAGACAGCAAAGCUGAAUGUCAAGUGCAAGAGCUGGUUGAAGGUCGCUGUAAUGCAUGUUGGCUGGGCAGAAUCCUUCUCAUUUGCUCUUUGCCGAACCUCCUCCAUGACAGAUUGCGUAAACGUUUACCCAAUAUCCUGAAGGAACAAAUCCCCACCAGCUUGGCUCGAUGUAUGAGUGGUGGUAACUUGCCGGUUGUGUCUGAAAAAGAUGCUGAACUGGCCACACAUACCAAGCGCUUGCCGCUUGACCCAGGGGGAGGGGGUGCCUUUGGGUCUGUAAUGGAUUUGCCUGGUGGUUGGAAACGCAAAACUGGCUCUGAAGUUAUUGUGAUUAGCCCAAGUGGUGAGAAGUUCAAGAGCAUACAAAAGCUUGAGGAAUUCCUGAAAAAGCAAGGGAUAACCACUGAUGCUCGAGUUCUCUUUGGCAAUAGCAGCCCUGCAGUGGUGCGGAGUAAUGAACCAAAGUCACGGCCAUCACCGCCAACAAAUAACAGCAGUCGGGGGAAGGUGGUCAUGACAACACUUCCUGGGGGUUGGGUGCGUCGUAUCAAAUGGAGAUCAGCUGGUGAUCGCUUUGACACUUAUGUCUACAGCCCUGAUGGAAGAACAUUUAGAUCAAGAAGAGAACUGAGUGCUUACUUCCAGCUCAUUGGGAAAGUAGAUGAUAUUCACAAGUAUUUCCCAGUUGUUACAGGGCACUCAGAUGCUUCCAUACCUAGUUCAAGUGACACCACUGGAUCCUCUAGUACAGAGCGCUUGUCUAGCUCAGAGCCUUGUUCGGAGAUCAGCUCUGAUGACAAGUCUCCAGAGGCCUCAGAGUGUGAGACAGAAACACCACAAUCAAGAAUGAGGAGCCUAUCCCGUAAUGCUAAAGAGAAGAUGAAAUAUGCUCAGCUGAAGCAGGCCAAGGUCAUGAACCACAAGGAAGGACAUCUCAGAAGUAAAUCUGUCUCUUCCCUAAAAAGUGUCAAGUCUGUUGACAAGAAGUCAGAAGUGCAGAUGGAAGUGAAUGUGUCGUCAGAGGCAAAAGCUGCUGAGAAGAAGUACAAGAAACCAAAGAUUGUUGCGAGAAGUCGAUCACUCUCUUUAGGCAGGAAAAAGGGUGAUGCAAGCCUCACUGACACCACAGAAAGUGAAUCUGAGAAUAGGAAUUCUGGUAAAGGGUUUACUAAGACCUUUUCUAAAAGACUGAAGAACAAACCAAAAGCUGCAGUGUGUGAGCUAUCACCGACAAACAAAACCUUAUCUGCAGGAUCCAACAAUGUAAGUGAAGAUAGUGAGAAAACUUCUCCUUCAGCUUCUAUGGCAAGCCCUGAAGAAACUGUAGAAGAAUCAGAAGUGCAGAAACUGGAGGAAGUAAAAGAUGACACAGCUGUAUUCAUCAAACCAGAUGAUGUACCAAGAGAAAAUCAGUUUGAAAAGGGAAAAAUUGUUCUGAAAAUCCAGAAAAAAAGCAUAGAACCUGUAGAUAGAAGACGUAGACACAAAAGUAAGAAGGACAAAAGAAAAAAGGUGUUUAGUGAGGAGGAAUCUGAGAGUCUUUCAAAGGAGCAAGUAGCACAAAGUGGUGCUGAGGCAGUACAAAAUAUGACCGCUGAAAAAGUACUUGCUCAAUUGUCUAGUACAAGUAAAUCCUCAGAAGAUGCCAAGGAGAAAAUAUUCAGUAUAAAUUCAGAAGACCAAGAAAAAGAUCUGGUAGGUGGGGAGUCUGAUAUUCCAGCUGGGAUGGAUGUCUCGGAUGACUCUAAAUUUUCCUCUCCCAUGGUGUCAGAGUCCGAGCCCAUUCAUGAAACAAUAAAAGUACCUGAAGCCAAGCCAAAGUCCAAGCCCAAAAAGCCUUCCAGUUAUCAGACUUCUCACUUUGGAGGUGGUUGGUCAAGAAAGAUCAAGUGGAAUGAGAAAGGAGAAGGCAAAGUUGCUCUGCUGCACAGCCCUGAUGGACAAACUUUCCGAUCCCGCAUAGAGCUGUUGGCGUAUUUCAAGAAAGCAGGCAAAUCAAAAGGCAAUCUUGAUUAUUACUUUCCGCCAGUCUUGAAGAGGGAGGAUUAUAAUGAACAACUGGAGAAGAAACAGAUGAAGGCAGCUGCUGCAGAGGUAGCAGUGGCUCUUGGAACAUCUACCUCGGGCCAGUCUUCAGAAGUUAGCGAGUUCUCAGACAGUGAAAUUCCCAAGACCUCUGAGGAUUCUUGUGUGUCUGGAGAAGAGUGCACGAAGAGAAAUGUAACUAAAAUUGUGAAGUGUUACAGGAAACUAAGCGGCCAGGCCUCCCUCAAAAGCAUCCCGGAAAAUGUUGGGGAGGAUUCAGCAGUCUCCCAAAUUCUAAGUGGAAAGGCUUCAGGUGGCAGCAGCCUGUCAGAGGAGGCAUGGAAGCAUGGAUCUCAGCUUGGGAAGAUGAGCAGGAAGGAUGCAUUUGCAGCUGGGAUGGACAGCAAGCAGAUAGUCAAAUCGGAGAGCGAGGAGAUAGACGGAACCCAUCCUGAGGUGGGCGGGCCCAGGGUCAAGCACGUCUGUCGUAGCCAGGCACAGGUGUUGGGUAUCCCUCGUGCAGUAUUCCCAUCUCCAGGGAAGGAUGAAGAUAAGGCACCAAUAAAGGUCAUUGUUCCCUCUAGCAAAUCUGACAAGAAGCGCAAAAUUGUGACUGUAACAACAACAGCUAGUGGCAAGGUGCUUCGCAAAACACAGUGGUGUAACAAGUGUCCAGGAUGUACAACACCCAAUUGCCGAAAGUGUGUCAACUGCUUAGAUAUGAAGAAGUAUGGUGGACCGGGAACCAAGAAAAAGCCUUGCAU